AUAGAAUUCCAUUCAAUUCAUUCCAACCCAAUCGAUGGUAUUCGACGAAACACACAAUAACAAAGCAUAGAAGACCUCAAAAAAAGUGGGGCAGAUUUUUUUACACUUGCGAGAAACRACAAAAGUAGACUGGGCGAAAGAGAAAGGGUCGACACUAAAACAAACCUAAGAAUGGUUUACAAGCCCUCGGSUGGUCGAGAAUUCUACGACGACCAAUACGAAGACGACGACGACCAGGUUCUCAACAAUCGACUCGUGUUUCCCAAGGAUAAGGUAUACGGGCGAACAAAAGAACUCGAAAUACUCACCGAUCUCUUUGAUCAGCUCUACGACAAUAAUGACACCGAAGACGAAGACGAAGACGAAGAAGACUCUGAUUCGGAGUCACGAUCAUCUCCCGUGGUUGCUAUUCAGGCACCGUCCGGAACUGGAAAAUCUGCCAUGAUCUGCAGCUUCAUCAAACAGCUAGAAGAGACAGAACAAAAAACCAACAAGUACAAUUCUUUGCAUGUGAGGUACACCACGGUGUGUCACAUGCGAGGACGAUUCGAACGAACCUGUACGGACCCCUUUUCGGCCAUCCUUGAAGGUCUGAAUGAUUUCUUUGAUCGACUCUUGCAAAACGAGGACACUCGCAAUCUAGUGCGAAUACGAAGCGCGAUCGUUGACUCCCUGGCGUCCGAAACCUUGUCCAUUUCCGCUUUGGUUCCGAGGCUUGGAGAUAUCUUGAAAACAACAAACGACGAAAAGGAAAUCCGAAACAGGGCCAUGAUAAUGGGAGCCAAUCCAAACGGAGUUCUGCGUCCCCGACGCAGCAUUUCGGCGUCCAACAGCGAGGAGAACGACUCCGACGCAGCUGACAUUCCGGGUCAAAACUCGCGGAACCGAAUACGGUAUCUUUUCAACGCUUUGUUUUGUGCCAUUUGCAACGAGCAAUAUCCACUKAUCAUGUUUCUCGACGAUUGUCAAUGGGCAGACGACGAGUCUCUCGGACUGAUCGAAUCCUUGAUAAAAGAUCCAGCGUGYCGAUACUUUAUGUUCAUAGGKAAUGCCACGCGUGGAAUCACGGAGGCCAAAGAAGACGAAACCAAUUUUGCCAAGUUGAUGACCAAAAUCGAAGGACCGAAUCAAMGAGUGACUCGAAUCAAUUUACUCAACUUAUCAAUAGAUGAGAUUGGAGAAUUUAUCGCCGAUACACUACAACUAACAAUAGACGAAUGCCGCCCUCUGACUGAAAUAAUAUAUGGCAAGACGAGAGGAAAUAUAUUUUUUUCAAUCCAAGCAAUCGAAGAACUCCAAAGAAGAAAUAUCCUAUACUUUUCAAUGAUUGUUUUUCGAUGGGAAUGGAAUCUUGCUGGAGUGGAAUUCCAAAACGCCCUAUCAGAUCUUUCGGACGACGUCGGCACGUACGUCUCGUCUAAAAUUCAGAGCCUGCCCAAAAAACUGCAGAGGGCACUCGUUAUUGCAUCCCACACGAAAACAACGUUUGAUGUUGAAACUCUGGAGGCACUCAUGAUCGAAGACGGAUGUGAUAUCGAUUUUAAAGAACUCAACGGGCUCCUCGAUUUGGCGGUGUUGCUUGGGUUGCUCACAAAUACGAUCGGGACGGGACUUUACCAGUUUGCGAAUGAUCGUGUGCAACAGGCWACUUACUGGGUGGUAUCGUCCAGUCAAGAACGAGCUAAGCUACGGGUAAUGAUCGGUAGAAAACUAUACGAAUUAUACUUCCAACCCAAGGGAAAGGAAUGGAUGCUUUUUGUAGCUGCAGACCAUCUGAAUUCGUGUAUUGGUCACGGAGGAAAAGACGAUCUAUCGCUCGCGAAGUUGAAUCUGCAAUGCGGYAAAAAGGCCAGGUUUCUUGGCGCCUACGUCCCCGCCUCAUUGUACAUGAGAUUAGCCCUGAGCUAUCUCCGAAAGCUCGACAAGAAUCCAUGGGAAUCUCAUUACGAUCUUUCUUUGCAGAUAUAUAGAGAGAUUUCUGAUAGCGAGUUGUGUCUCGGUAAAUUCGAAAAAGGCGAAGAGUUGGCCCAAAUCGUCCUAAAUGAGACCCGAAACUUGGAAGACAAACUUCCAACCUACCUUGCACUAGCUGAAGCAAAAGGAAAACAGCAAAAACAUGCUGAGUCUUUUUCUCUGUGCCACCAAGCCCUGGUACGCGUGGRGGCAAUUCCGAAGCACAUGCAUUAUUUUCACGUGAAGAAAGAUUCUAAUGUCAUCAAACGCUUCUUCAAAAGCCACAGUGAUUAUGAUAUUCUAAUGAUGCCGAUAUGCUACGACAA